AUGGAGAACGCGCACACAAAGACGGUGGAGGAGGUGCUGGCUCACUUCGGGGUCAACGAGAGCACGGGGCUGAGCCUGGAGCAGGUCAAGAAGCUCAAGGAGAGAUGGGGCUCCAACGAGUUACCGGCUGAAGAAGGAAAAACCCUGCUGGAACUUGUGAUUGAGCAGUUUGAAGACUUACUAGUUAGAAUUUUAUUGCUGGCAGCGUGUAUAUCUUUUGUUUUGGCUUGGUUUGAAGAAGGUGAAGAAACAAUUACAGCCUUUGUAGAACCCUUUGUAAUUUUACUUAUAUUAGUAGCCAAUGCCAUUGUGGGUGUCUGGCAGGAAAGAAACGCAGAGAAUGCAAUCGAAGCCCUUAAGGAAUAUGAGCCUGAGAUGGGUAAAGUGUACAGACAGGACAGGAAGAGCGUGCAGCGGAUCAAAGCCAAAGACAUAGUUCCUGGGGAUAUUGUAGAGAUUGCUGUUGGUGACAAAGUUCCUGCUGAUAUAAGGUUAACUUCCAUCAAAUCUACUACUCUAAGAGUUGAUCAGUCAAUCCUCACAGGUGAAUCUGUCUCAGUCAUCAAGCACACUGACCCCGUCCCUGACCCACGGGCUGUCAACCAAGACAAGAAGAACAUGCUCUUUUCUGGUACAAACAUUGCUGCUGGCAAAGCCAUGGGAGUUGUGGUGGCAACUGGAGUUUUCACUGAAAUUGGCAAGAUCCGGGAUGAAAUGGUGGCAACGGAACAGGAGAGAACACCCCUCCAGCAAAAACUAGAUGAGUUUGGGGAACAACUUUCCAAAGUCAUCUCCCUUAUUUGCAUCGCAGUUUGGAUGAUAAACAUUGGGCACUUCAACGACCCAGUUCACGGAGGCUCCUGGAUCAGAGGUGCCAUUUACUACUUUAAAAUCGCAGUGGCCCUGGCUGUAGCAGCCAUUCCUGAAGGUUUGCCCGCUGUCAUCACCACCUGCCUGGCCCUUGGAACUCGCAGAAUGGCAAAGAAAAACGCCAUUGUCCGAAGCCUCCCUUCUGUGGAAACUCUUGGCUGUACUUCUGUGAUCUGCUCAGACAAGACCGGUACACUUACAACAAACCAGAUGUCAGUCUGCAGGAUGUUCAUUCUGGACAAAGUUGAAGGUGAUACCUGUUCCCUGAAUGAAUUUACUAUAAGUGGAUCAACAUACGCACCUGUUGGAGAAGUGUAUAAAGAUGAUAAACCAGUGAAAUGUCAUCAAUAUGAUGGUCUUGUAGAACUGGCAACAAUUUGUGCCCUUUGUAAUGACUCUGCUUUGGAUUACAAUGAGGCAAAGAGUGCGUAUGAAAAAGUUGGAGAAGCUACAGAGACUGCUCUCACUUGCCUGGUAGAGAAGAUGAAUGUAUUUGAUACUGAAUUGAAGGGUCUUUCUAAAGUAGAACGAGCGAAUGCCUGCAACUCGGUCAUUAAACAGUUGAUGAAAAAAGAAUUUACUCUCGAGUUUUCACGCGAUAGAAAAUCAAUGUCAGUUUAUUGUACACCAAACAAGCCAAGCCGGACGUCGAUGAGCAAGAUGUUUGUGAAGGGCGCUCCCGAAGGUGUCAUUGACAGGUGCACCCACAUUCGAGUUGGAAGUACAAAAGUACCUAUGACCCCUGGAGUUAAGCAGAAGAUCAUGGCCGUCAUUCGGGAUUGGGGAAGUGGCAGCGACACACUGCGAUGUUUGGCUCUGGCCACUCAUGACAACCCACUGAGAAGAGAAGAAAUGAAGCUUGAGGACUCUGCCAACUUUAUUAAAUAUGAGACCAAUUUGACUUUCGUUGGCUGUGUGGGGAUGCUGGACCCUCCGAGACUUGAAGUGGCCUCUUCUGUGAAGCUGUGCCGGCAGGCAGGCAUCCGGGUCAUCAUGAUCACGGGGGACAACAAGGGCACUGCUGUGGCCAUCUGUCGUCGCAUCGGCAUCUUCACGCAGGACGAGGAUGUGACGUUAAAGGCGUUUACAGGUCGGGAGUUUGACGAGCUCAGUCUGUCACAACAGAGAGAUGCCUGUUUGAAUGCCCGCUGUUUUGCUCGAGUUGAGCCUUCCCACAAGUCUAAAAUCGUAGAAUUCCUUCAGUCUCUUGAUGAGAUUACAGCUAUGACUGGGGAUGGUGUGAAUGAUGCUCCUGCUCUGAAGAAAGCAGAGAUCGGCAUUGCCAUGGGUUCUGGAACCGCAGUGGCUAAAACUGCCUCCGAGAUGAUCCUGGCCGACGACAACUUCUCCACCAUCGUGGCAGCGGUGGAGGAGGGGCGGGCAAUUUACAACAACAUGAAGCAGUUCAUCCGCUACCUCAUCUCAUCAAACGUGGGGGAAGUUGUCUGUAUUUUCCUGACAGCAGCCCUUGGAUUUCCUGAGGCUUUGAUUCCUGUCCAGCUCCUCUGGGUCAAUCUGGUGACAGAUGGCCUGCCUGCCACUGCAUUGGGAUUCAACCCUCCUGAUCUGGACAUCAUGAAUAAACCACCCCGGAACCCAAAGGAACCACUGAUCAGUGGAUGGCUCUUUUUCCGUUACCUGGCUAUUGGCUGUUAUGUUGGCGCUGCUACUGUGGGUGCUGCUGCGUGGUGGUUCGUUGCUGCUGAUGGCGGUCCAAGAGUGUCCUUCUACCAGCUGAGUCAUUUCCUACAGUGUAAAGAGGACAACCCGGACUUUGAAGGUGUGGAUUGUGCAAUCUUUGAAUCCCCGUACCCAAUGACAAUGGCCCUCUCUGUUCUAGUAACCAUAGAGAUGUGUAACGCCCUCAACAGCUUGUCUGAAAACCAAUCUCUGCUGAGGAUGCCCCCUUGGGAGAAUAUCUGGCUCGUGGGCUCCAUCUGCCUGUCCAUGUCACUCCACUUCCUAAUCCUCUAUGUGGAACCCUUGCCACUUAUCUUCCAGAUCACACCGCUGAAUUUGACCCAGUGGCUAAUGGUGCUGAAAAUGUCCUUGCCUGUGAUUUUAAUGGACGAGACACUUAAGUUUGUGGCCCGCAACUACCUGGAACCUGCAAUACUGGAGUAA